GAUUUCGCAAAUGUAAAUGUUAAAAUUCACAAAACUCUUUGAACUCUUUUAAUAAAACUUAUAUUCUAGGUGAUAUCGAAGGACAGCAACGUAAUGUUAGUUGCGUUGGGCGGUCGUCUUCUGGGCAUGGUUGCUAGUGGUCUACGGAACAAAUUCCAACCGUACGCGGUGGCAUGCGUGCAAGCCAUACUGGAAAAGUUCAAGGAGAAGAAAUCCAACGUGGUCACCGCUCUAAGGGAAGCUAUCGAUGCUAUAUACCCGUGUACAAACUUGGAAGCGAUAAUGGAGGACAUGUUAGCAGCGUUUGAGAAUAAGAAUCCAUCUAUAAAAGCGGAGAGUGCUUUGUUUCUAGCACGUGCGCUCUGUCUUACUCAACCCGCCGCUUUCAGUAAGAAACUUAUCAAGGCGUAUGUGGCUGGUCUACUGAAACUUUUGGAAAGCGCUGGUAAUAUACAAAGUUUUCUUUAUUGUGUCAUUACAUUUGAUUGAGUUUUAGUCAUAAUUUUUUUGCAUAACUUGUCGAGCGUGUCAUUUAUUGUCGUAUCUGUAACAUUUUGAUUGAUUGUCCUAAGUUGACUACGUAGUUUAUAGAAAUACUUAACUACAAUACAAGCCAAACUCUGCAGUCUCCUUACACUUAUAUAGCUUAUCGUAUCCAUACACUUGGUUUAGUUGAGCGUUUAUGUUGACUGGUGUUAAAUUAUCGUUCAGACCCCGCGGUAAGAGAUGCUGCAGCGGAGGCUCUAGGAACGGCAACUAAACUAGUCGGCGAGAAGAGCAUUGCCCCACAUAUCGGCAAGAUUGACAACUUGAAGGAACAGAAAAUUAAGGAAUUUGCCGAUAAGGUGACAAAUUCAAAUUCAAUAUCAUUCAUUCAAUCUAGACUGUUACAGGCACUUGUGAAUGUCGAAAAGUACGCUAUCGGUUCGUAAAUUUACGGUGGGAGAAACGUGUACUGACGAAAAACCACUAAUAAAUAACUUUAUUUAUUAAGGAAAUACAAAAUAAUUAGUUACCUAGUCCUGCGAAUUUAUUGGUGUUUUACGACUUAUCCUGUACAAAGUUGUAUUAGUUACUUUUAUAGCUUUUAAGUUUGGUUUCUAGGCGGUGAUUCAGGUGAAAGUGGCGGCCCCGAAGAAGGAAGCGAAAGCUAAAGUGGCCGCUCCCACUGCUAAAGGCGAUUCGAAAACAGUCGCCGGAUCAGCACAACCUAAACCUGUCAAACGGCCUACCACAGGUAUUAGAAGUGAAAAAAAAAAACUGAUUAUUUACGUAAUGCGUUAGGUGACAUAUACCAAAGAGAGAAAUGUAAAAUUUGUUCUGGAAAAUUAACUUUCCAUGGUGUUAUUGAAUCAAUCGGGAAUGUAAAUGUAAUAUAUAAAUAAUGUAAGAUGUAAUAUAUCUAUCAGUAGUAUGAACUGAUCAAUACUUUUACAAUUAUUUUCUGUGAACAAUGUUCGCAGUCUAAAGUAAAUCCCAUUAGUAAACUUUUGGUUU